CAGCCAUCCACUCUCUACCUCCAGUUGUACUUCCAUUGCUGCUUUCCAUUAGAAGUUUUAUUGUAUGUUUCUAAAUCGUUCUUCCAAAUAGGUUUUCAUUUGCCAAUCCUGUAACCCUAAAAGCUGCCUUGAAAACCUAUUUGGAAGAACGAUUUAGAAAUAUACAAUAAAACUUCUAAUGGAAAGCAGCAAUGGAAGUACAACUGGAGGCAGAGAGUGGAUGGCUGAGGAUGCCAUUGCUGGAAAUGCAGAGGCGGUCCGUGCUCUUCGGGAACUCAUUAUGUAUCCACUCCUGUAUUCUCAAGAGUCUCAAAAGCUUGGCCUCAAAUGGCCUCGUGGCUUGUUGCUCUAUGGUCCACCUGGUACUGGAAAGACAAGUUUGGUUAGAGCAGUUGUUCAAGAAUGUGGAGCACAUUUGACUGUUAUUAGCCCACACAGUGUCUAUAGAGCACAUACUGGAGAAAGCGAGAGAGUUUUGCGGGAAGCAUUUGCAAAAGCAUCGUCUCAUGCAAACCUUGGGAAGCCAUCUGUUAUCUUCAUAGACGAAAUUGAUGUACUAUGCCCUCGUCGUGAUUCUAGAAGAGAACAAGAUGUACGUGUAGCUUCUCAGCUCUUUAUGUUGAUGGACUCUAAUAAGUCCGUUUCAACAUCUGGAUUACAUGUUGUUGUAGUGGCAUCAACUAAUAGGGUUGACACACUCGACCCGGCUCUAAGAAGAUCUGGGCGUUUUGAUGCUGAGAUUGAAGUCACAACCCCUAAUGAAGAUGAACGCUUUCAUAUCCUCA